GACUCACUCAUUCUACGCCCACACACUGACACUGACCCAUAUCGCUGUGAAAUGAAAUUGCAAAGCUAAACAAACCAUUUUCAUUUAAAACGGCUCUUCUCUUCUCAGUCACUCCAACUUCUAAUCUUUUUUCUCUUUCACUCACUGUUUCUCUUCUCCUCCGCAUCUCGCAGCCGACAACGUAACGGUUCGCGGUACCCGUUGCUGCCGCCGCCGAUCUUUCUCAGCCUCCACCGCCAGAUUUACCUCUUCUCCUUUCGGAUUCGCAUUUCUCUUUCUCCACCGCAACACACUCACCUUCAGGGAUACAAAAUGAUAGGAUCCUUUCUGACCUGGGCCCUUGUGAUGGUUUUUGGCUAUGCUUAUCCAGCUUAUGAAUGCUAUAAAGUGGUUGAAAAGAAUAAGCCGGAAAUUGAACAACUUCGCUUUUGGUGCCAGUAUUGGAUUUUGGUGGCUGUUUUGACAGUAUGUGAGAGAGUUGGUGAUACUUUUAUAUCAUGGGUCCCAAUGUACAGUGAAGCUAAGUUGGCAUUUUUCAUAUUUCUGUGGUAUCCUAAAACUAAGGGAACAACAUAUGUGUAUGACUCCUUCUUCAGACCAUAUGUUGCGAAACAUGAGACAGAAAUUGAUCGCAACUUAUUGGAACUAAGGACAAGGGCAGGGGAUAUUGCAGUUUUGUAUUGGCAAAGAGCUUUCAGUUAUGGUCAGACUAGAAUAUAUGACAUUUUGCAAUUUGUUGCUGCACAAUCGACUCCAGCUCCUCGACCUGCUCAGCCACGACCGGGUGUGAGGGGGGUUCGUCAACAGGCACCUGCAAAACCAGCUGCUGCAGCAGAACCACAAGUUGAGGAACCUCCAUCUCCUACCUCUAGCACAUCUUCAAGUCAGCUCCAGAGGGAGGUAGAAGAGGAAUUGGGUUCUUCUCCACAAGUUCCUAAAGCACCCACAUCUGUAACAGGUUUAAGUAACCAGAAAACUCCUGUAGCAGGUGUAAGUACUCAGAAGUCUGCUGGAGCAAGUUUAAGUACUCAGAAGUCUACUGGAGCAAGUUUGAGUACUCAGAAGUCUAAUGUUGCACCUGAAACAACCAACCAAUCUGCACCAGCAGAGGCAGAGCCAAAACAAAUUGAAGCAGCUCCAUCUUCAGCAAAAGAAAAUGGGAACUCUCCUCCUACUUCUACAAAAGAGACCUUAAUGGAAGAAAGCAUUCGAGUUACACGUGGUAGACUAAGAAAAACCCGAUCAGCAGGAACUCGCUAGCAAAUGAAUAUUGUCAAUUUUUAGUCUGAAAUAGGGGUAGGUGGACAAUGAUGGGCAUUGAAUUGUUGUAAAACUUGAUGUAAAUCUGUUUUUCUAAGUUUCCAUUCCAUCUUCAUUUUAUAUAUUUUUUUCACAAAUUUUGUCUUGGCAUAGAAGCAUUUGUAGCCUGAUGCCACUUUAUGUGGACUUAGAUUUCAAGGGGGUGUUUGCAUCGGCUGCUUUGUAUAGCUGGUUUUCAUGUUAGUGCAACAGUAUUACCCAACAUUUAAAGGGAAGGCAGAACUUCAUUUAUGAGGCAACUUUUGUCCA